CAAUACCUCACAAUAUUGCUGAAAGUCUAAAAUCAUGAGUGUCCUUUAAGCAUUUUCUCAUUAUUUUUUACUAUGAACUUGUGAAGAUUGUUGGAACGUGAAAUCACGCGCGAGUAAGAAGUAAACAAAUUAAAAAGAAUAGAAAAAAAAUUAAUAACAAAAAAGGUAAAACAUAACGCAGAGUUAUUCUGGUUCUUGGCGAAGAGACCGUUCUGGAUUUUGGUUCAAAGAUGAGGAAGGAAGACACAGUGAAGCUGAUCAGCGCCGAGGGUUUCGAAUUUAUUAUUCACAAAGAAGCCGCCAUGGUUUCUCAGACCAUUCGAAAUAUGCUCACCUCUCCUGGUAGUUUCGCCGAAACGCAACAUGGGGAGGUAACAUUCCCUGAGAUCAGCACCACCAUUCUUGAAAAGAUCUGCAAAUAUUUCUAUUGGAAUCUUCAAUUUGCCAGCGGGAAAGAGACCGAGUUCCACAUUGAACCUGAAUUGACUCUAGAGUUGAUGAUGGCAGCUAAUUAUCUCCACACUUAGUGUAUUGUCUCAUUCUUGCCUCUUGAAGCACUUGCCUUUCUGUCAUUGUUUAUUCAAGGAGAAGAUUGUGGCUGGAGAAGGCUGGAUUUCAUAGGAAUUGUAUAUUGUUAAUAAGUACUGGAAUUUACUCCUAGAUUUCAAUUUAGUAUAGUACAAGGAUACAUUUGAUUGGAACUCUUGGAACAGUGUAUGACUGCAAACUGAUGUGGUCAUGUCCUUUACAAUUAAUAAGACCAUGUAGAAUUGUUGCAUAAUCAAAUAUUUGCAGAAAUGUUUUGUUCUGGA